CUGUCAAAGAGAUGAUUCAAAUAUUCAAAAACAAAGAUUAAUUGGGAUCUAAAGUAGUAAUUGUUUUGUUUUGACUUGACUUUUACAAAUUACAAGUCUACUGAUUGCUGAUCCACAACCCGGAAACGCUUACUUUAUCCACCAACUACUGUUGUUGCUGAUACCUCUUUAAAUUCUCCCAGCCAUCAUCAACUUUAAUUUGCCAACCAUCCAUAUAUUUUUUUCUUCAAAAUUGGCUGCCGCAAAUACAAAUAGUAAGAGACCAAAUAGUUUCCUUCUGCAGCUGGCGCCACCAAUCACUAUGACGCGGUAUUGGUGCGUAAUUGCGCUGCUACUAAUGGCGGCGUGUUCAUGUGCUCGAGCUCAAAACACCACCAGCGCCACCACUGAUCCUACUGAAGCGAGGGCAUUGAAUUCAAUUCUACAACAAUGGGAGAGGCCUGCAAACACGGAACAGUGGAAUACAACUGGAGAUCCAUGCUCUGGGGCGGCCAUUGAUACUUCUAUUGUAAUUGAUGCUCCUGCUUAUAACCCCUUCAUCAAAUGUGAUUGUAGUUAUAAUGACAGCACUAUCUGCCAUAUUACUGCUCUGAAGGUAUAUGCACUCGAUGUGGUAGGCGUGAUACCAGAUGAGAUCUGGGAUUUGGUUUACCUUACUAAUGUGAUAUUGGGGCAAAAUUACUUGACUGGCCCUAUUUCUUCAAGCAUCGGAAACCUAACUCGUAUGCAAUAUCUGAAUAUUGGUAUCAAUGCAUUUUCUGGACGCCUUCCGAGAGAACUUGGUCUACUAACUGAUUUACGAUUACUGGGUAUUGGUUCAAACAAUUUCUCUGGUCCCUUACCAUCAGAGAUUGGAAACCUAAGAAGAUUAGACCAACUGUACAUUGACAGUUCUGGAGUUAGUGGUGCAAUCCCUUCAUCAUUUGCUAAUUUGCGAAGCCUAGUGACAGUGUGGGCAUCAGAUACGGAACUUACGGGUGUAGUACCUGAAUUCAUAGGGAACUGGAGCCAACUUCAAGAACUGAGGCUUGAAGGAAAUUCAUUUAUUGGACCAAUACCAUUGUCCCUUUCCAAUUUAAGUUCUUUACAGCAGUUGAGGAUAAGUGGUUUGUCAAAUAGCAGCUCUUCUUUGGAAUUCUUAACUGGUCUUACAUCCUUACAGAUCUUAAUUCUGAAGAAUAACAACAUUACUGGUUCCAUACCCCGUAGUAUCGGAGAACUGCAAAGUUUAACUCAACUGGACCUAAGCUUCAAUGCCAUAACUGGACAAAUUCCAAACUCAGUUUUUAAUCUCAGCUCUCUUUCUCACUUGUUUCUUGGAAACAAUAGGCUUACUGGUGCUCUACCUGCUCAGAAAAGCCCAUCUCUGGCUAAUAUAGAUGUAUCCUACAAUCGAUUAUCUGGGAACUUGCCUUCUUGGGUCAGCCAACCGAAUCUGGAACUGAACUUCGUUGCGAAUAAUUUCUCUGUAUCAAGCUCAAACAGCAGAUCUUUGCCAUCAGGUUUAAACUGUUUGCAGAAUGGAUUCCCUUGCAACACUGGUUUGGGACGUUAUUCUGACUUUGCAGUCAAGUGUGGUGGUCCGCAGAUUAGAGCAUCCAAUCAAGUUGUAUAUCAAAGUGAUAGUGAGGCUCUCGGUCCUGCCAAUUACUUUGUGACAGGCAAUGAUCAGUGGGCUGUCAGUAAUGUUGGAUUGCCUGCUGCAAGCAACAAUGUCUCAUAUAGAUUUAGCUCUUCCCGCCAGUUUGUUGAUUUAGACUCUGAAUUAUUCCAAACAACAAGAUUGUCCGCCGGAUCCCUGAGAUACUAUGGGCUAGGCCUUCAGAAUGGUAACUACAGUGUGCUCCUACGAUUUGCAGAGAUACAAAUUGAAAAUGGUAGAACUUGGAGAAGUCUUGGAAGGCGUGUGUUUGAUAUUCUUAUCCAGGGAAAUCGGGUGGAACGAGAUUUUGACAUACGGAGGGAGGCAGGGAAUCAGUCAUAUAGACCAGUUCAGAGAAACUAUACUAUUGAGGUGACGGCAAACUACCUAGAGAUACAUCUCUUUUGGGCUGGAAAAGGAACAUGCUGCAUACCUGUCCAGGGAGCAUAUGGACCUUCUAUAUCAGCUCUCAGUGUCACUCCAUUGUUUGAUGCCAGGCCUGUAAGUUCAACAACAAACAAUCAUACUGCUGUAAUUGUUGGAAUCCUUGUUCCUGUUGGAGUUAUUGCCCUCCUUGCUUUGGGAGCAUGUUGGUUUGUUAAAAGAAGAAAGAGGUUGCGUGAAACAGAAGACGAGUUCUUGGGCAUUGAUGCUAAACCAUACACUUACAGUUAUGCUGAACUGAAGUCUGCUACUGGAGAUUUUGAGCCAUCAAACAAGCUUGGUGAAGGUGGCUUUGGAAGUGUCUACAAGGGAACCUUAAGUGACGGCAGACUUAUCGCAGUUAAACAACUUGCUGUAGCAUCUAAUCAAGGGAAGAAUCAAUUUAUAACAGAAAUAGCGACUAUAUCUGCAGUACAACAUCGGAACCUCGUAAAGUUGUAUGGAUGUUGCAUUGAUAAUCAAAAGCGUUUGCUUGUUUACGAGUACCUAGAGAACAAGAGUCUUGAUAAAGCAUUGUUUGGAGACAGCAAAUUGGAACUUAACUGGGCUAAACGUUUUGAAAUCUGUUUGGGAGUGGCAAGAGGCUUGCUCUAUCUUCAUCAAGAGUCACGGCUUCGGAUUGUGCACAGAGAUGUUAAAUCCAGUAAUAUUCUGCUUGAUUCUGAUCUAAAUCCCAAAAUUUCAGAUUUUGGUCUGGCCAAACUAUAUGAUGAAAAAAAGACUCACAUGAGCACUGGUGUUGCUGGGACAGUCGGCUACCUCGCCCCAGAAUAUGUGCGUGGCCAUCUUACAGAAAAAGUCGAUGUGUUUGCUUUUGGCGUAGUUCUUCUAGAAAUUGUUAGCGGAAGGUCCAAUUGCGACUCCGCAUUAGGGAGGGAAGAGAUGUAUCUUCUUGAUUGGGCGUGGAGUCUAUAUGAGAAUAGUCUAGUUGUGAAACUUGUGGAUAAGAGAUUGGUUGAUUUCAACGAGGAUGAGGUAAAAAGAGUGAUUACAAUAGCAUUUUUGUGCACUCAAACAUCACCAGCACAUCGUCCAACGAUGUCUCGGGUGUUGGCAAUGCUAUCUGGGGACGUUGAAGUGGGAACGGUACCUUCAAAACCAACGUAUUUGACAGACUGGGCGUUUGAUGACUCGAGCUUUAUGACCAGCGAAGCUUCUGAGUACUCAAAAACUGGUUAUUCUUCAACGGCUACUGAGUAUUCAAAUACUGGUUUUUCUUCUGCAGCUCUCACUACCACUACUAGUAACUAAACUGCUCAUGGCCUAAAGUCACCUAAAGAUGAUGUCAGCCUCAUUUUUCAGUGAUUACUGAUAAAAACUAGUGUAUCAAACUACUGAUAAUCAAUGCAGACUGUUGUUGGAUGAUGGUUA